AUGUCCGACGAUGAUGAGUACUAUGAGUUCGAGGAUGAAUAUAUGUACGAGGAUUUAGUCCCAGACAUGGUAGACGAUCUCGCUGCUUCCUCAUACUACGAAGCCGCCCUAUAUGAAGACCCAUCGAUUGAUGUCGAAGAAUAUUUUAGCGACUGGGACUAUUAUUCGGACGAUUACCACGACGAUGACGCAACCGUCGAACAAAGCGCAGAGAGAAAAAAAAGAACCGAGAUCGCAGAGACAGCACCACGACAAACAAAGGCAUCUUCCCGCACAAAACGUGUCACCGCCAGAGGUGUGGUGUGGAAAACACCCGCGCUGGACCGUGACCAGGACGUUGCCGUUUUGUAUGAGCCGGACACAGGCGAGAAAGUCGCGCUUCUAGAGAACUGGCGGGAGGUCUUCAAAUUUGCCCAGCCAGCCCUAGAUAGGUCUCGGCUGAAGCGGCGACCUAUGGUUGAAUCCAAGCCUGUCGAUCCGUCGGCUAACGAUGAAAUAUUCGCUGGUGAUGGUACCGACGACGAGCUCGAUAGCUCGGACGAGAUGUCUGAUGUCAUCUCCUCGAAUACUUCGAGCGUUGAUGCUGGGGAUGCUGGGGAUGCUUCCAACACAACUCCUGAUCCGGAUCCGGACUCUUUCCGCUCGCUGAAGCUGGAUUCGCCGCCGCAGGUCGUGAUUCCGUUGAAGAGAGGGCAGAAGCGGAAGACAGUAGCACAGAAAGACGACGCUGACGAGCACACAACGCCACCUCGCCCGAAGAGGGUUGCGUUGCGAAACGGCGGCGGUGAAGGGCCUACAACGCGUGCUAAGACCCCGCUGGUGCGCAGGUCGACUAGGCAGAAGAAGUAG